CUAUUCGAUAGAUAAUUUGGUCGAGAUGUGGAAGUGUGUGGCUUUGAUAUUUUAUAUUUUUGCGGUACAUGUGCACGGCGAAGGAGGUUCACGAAUUGUGACAAUAGACCAGGGUCCCGUGCGUGGGCGCAUGGACCCUGAAGGGGGUAUCUACGUCUUCUAUAAUAUCCCAUACGCCUCUGCGCCUACAGGGACUGAUAGAUUUAAGGCUCCCCUUGCCCCUCCAGUAUUCUUAUCAACGUUCGAUGCAGUAAAUAGAGAUAUUCGAUGUCCUCAAGGCACUGCAGAAGGGGACACACGAGAAGACUGCCUGGUAGCUAACGUGUUCGCUCCUGAUACAAAUGCGACCAAUCUGCCUGUCUUAGUAUUUGUCCACGGAGGAGCCUAUCAACGUGGCCACGGAUUAUCAGACCAGUACAGAGACUUAGUUCGUACGAACCAAUUAAUUGCCGUGUCGUUUAACUAUAGACUCGGCGUGCAUGGCUUUCUGUGUCUGGGCACAGAAGGAGCUCCUGGAAAUGCUGGACUCAAAGAUCAGGUGGCAUUACUUCGCUGGGUGAACAGAAACAUCGCCAGCUUUGGAGGUAAUCCUGCCGAUGUCACGCUAGCAGCCUGCAGUGCUGGAUCUGGAUCCGUGGACUUCCUGACUCUUUCUAGUCUUACACAUGGACUAUUUCAAAAGGUAAUAAUGGAGAGUGGCAUCAGCACUGGUGCUACUGGUGUACAGAUUGACCCUAUUCAAAAUGCUAAGAAUUAUGCAAAAGUGCUGAACUUCACUGACGUUGAUGACUUGAGCAGCCUCGAAGAAUUCUACAAAACGACAUCAUUCGAACUUUUAACUUCAGAAUUAUAUGAAAUAGUAGAUAAUGAGGACGUUGGUAUUCGGUUCGCUCCAUGUGUGGAACAAGAUAUCGGUCAAGAGAGGGUCAUUACGGAUGGUCCUAUGAAUAUUAUAAAACAGGGUAAAUAUAAUAAAGUGCCCUUGAUGUAUGGAUUCACAAAUAUGGAAGGUGCUAUGAGACUCCCUUACUUUGACACUUGGAAAGACCGGAUGAACGGCAAAUUCUCUGACUUUUUGCCAAUUGAAUUACAUUUUGAAAGCGACGAAGAAAAAGAAAAGGUAGCUGAAAAAGUCAAACAAUUUUAUUUCAAAGACAGGCCGGUUGGCGAAGAGACUAUGUUCGAAUAUUUAUUGUACUUCACUGACGUUUUAUUUGCGUACCCAAUGUUGAGAUCAUUAACAGCUCGCGUGGAGUCCCAGGGUGACAUUAUAUACCUUUUUGAGUAUUCUUUUGUGGAUGAUGAUACGCCAAAUUUUCCUUUUACUGAAGUACGUGGAGCAACACACUGCCAACAAUCUAGAGUAGUGCGAGACAAUGAUUAUACUACUAUUAUAGAAGUAAAGAAUUCCAGUCUAUGGUACGAAGUUUAAGGGACUAUACACUCAAUUUCAUUUUGACUGGCACUCCAUUUUCAAACAACGCAAGUUUACCAAGAUGGCUGCCAGCAAACGCGCAGAGGUCUCCGCACAUGCAUUUGGCUUCAGUCAUAGAGCUAAAAGACAACAUCCUGGAGGAUCGAGCAGCAUUCUGGGACAUUAUCUAUGACCAAUACUAUGGAGGUCCUAUCUUACCUAACCAGACCGACAACGCUGUUUCUACAAAGAUCUCAAACUUUUUAUUACUUAUUGUUUUAUUAGGUUACUUUAUUUUAUUUAGGAAUUAGGAUUAUUGUAUUAUUGUACGUCUAUUAAUAUUGAAUUCCGCCACGCCAUAAAAAAUGACAAGCAAUUAAAUUGUUAUCAGAUAAGUUUCGCACGUUUUUGCAAUCUUACUGUGUUAUCGGUAGCUGUGAUAAAAUAGAAAAACAAAAUAAUUUCUAUAUCGGUCGGAAA